AUGAAGUUCUCUCUUUUAUGGGCAGCAGCCUGUGUAUUGCAGACUGCACAUCGACUUUGUUCUGCAACCGUUGUUGACACGGAUGACGGUGGAAAGUCUGUCGUUAUGGGAUUGAGACAUUCAUAUGCUCAAGAUGACUCUGCAGAAUUUGAACGAACUCGUUUCUUGUCGAAGCGAGAUGGUUACGGCUAUCCUCUCCUGGAUUUGGAGUAUACUAACACAGGAAGCUACUUUGCUAGUAUUAUAAUGGGUGAGAAAAAGAGAAAUUUUUCUUUGACACUGGACACUGGUAGCCCUUACACCUGGGUUACCGCAUCUAAUGUUUCAGCCCUGGAUCCUUCCGAAUUUGGGGGCAACAUGGAGCCUGGCAGAAGUACAUCUGACUUGCAGGGCAUUUGCUCCAAUUAUACGUGCUAUGACUUCUCCGAUACAAGUGCAAAGUUGACCAGUAACAACAUCAUCGGUUUCCUUACUAGUUAUGGUGAUAAUACCACUGCUAUCGGAUACAACAUGGUUGACAAGGCUUAUUUUGCUGGAUUAUCUCUUGACAAUUUCACUUUUGGUGUCGCCACUCGUGAAUACGAUUCCAACCAGAUUAGCAUUACCCCUGGAAUCAUCGGUUUGUCCCCAGGAAUGACCAUUGUUGGUGUUUCAUCGAACAAUCGCGCAGUCGCUUAUUCACCUCCUACCAUUGUCGAACAGCUUUAUACUUCUGGCCUAAUCAACUCCUAUUCCUUUGGUAUCUACCUCAAUGCGCAAGAAGGUGAAUUGAUAUUUGGUGGUUAUAAUAAAGCUAGAAUUGACGGCAAUUUCCAUUGGUUAGACAUUUCUGAUGACAGUAAUUUCUAUUCUGUAUUUUUGGAAAGUUUGAGUAUGCCCGACUCAUCCAACCAAGAAAACUCAAAGAAUUUGUCAUUUGACAAGUCCGAUUCUAGUUCCCAAGUAAACCAAAAUGCCACUGUUGACACCGGUACCGUUUUGUUAUACAUGCCUGAAAAUGCCGUUGAAGCGAUUGCUGACCGUUAUUCUGGAUUCAUAAACACUCAAGGAUAUCCAGUCGUUUACUGUAACUCCUUUUCGGAUUCUGAUUACGUCCAAUUUAAUUUCCAAGGUGACGCUUCCUUCCAAAUCCCUAUGGGGCAAUUAGUGAUUGCUCGUGAACCAUACCAAGGACAAGAACUUUGUUACCUGGCUUUUGUUCCUUCCUCUCAAUCUUGCAUCCUUGGUCAGUAUUUUCUGCAGAAUAUCUAUGCUGCCUACGAUUGGGAUGCCCAAAAAAUUGGGUUCGCCAACCUCCGUAAGAAUGCCACUGGUUCUGGCGUUGAAGUUGGUAACAUCGCUUCCGCUCUAAGUGGGGUAUCAACCGCCAAGCCCGCUGCUUCUGCUACCGUUAGUGAUGGUUAUAAUAUUGGUUCUUCGAGCGUUCCUUUAACCGGUACUCCUGGUGCUAAUAGCACAUUGCUAGAAAGUAGCGCUAGUGAAAGUGAAGAGUCUGUGGCCUCGGCUUUUGGCAAAUACAGUAUGUAUUCCUUGUUUACAAUUAUGACUUCUUUCCUUCUCCUCGUUGUUAUGUAG